AUGCCUCCUCCGCCACCACCACCGCCGCCGCCGCCCGGCGCGAUGGGAGGCCCUCCUCCGCCGCCGCCUCCCGGAGGAUUGCCGAAUCGACCGGGCAAAGGCGAUGUCAAGGACCGAGGCGCACUACUCUCAGAUAUUAGCAAAGGCGCUCGAUUGAAGAAGACCGUGACCAAUGAUAGAUCAGCCCCAAUUGUGGGAGGUGGAGGCUCAAAGGCCUCCGGGCCACCUGUCGGAGGAGCACCGCCUGUUCCUACCAUGGGGAAGCCUCCCGGUGGUCUUGCACCGCCGGUGCCUCCGGCCGGAGCCGCAAAUAGACUCCGAAGCAAUAGCGAAACUGGCUCAGGGGGUGGUGAUAGCGGCGCAGCAUCUGCCCCAGCGGUUCCUCAGCUCGGUGGUCUCUUUGCCGGGGGUAUGCCAAAGCUGCGUAGUCGAGGCGGCGGAGUGGACACCGGUGCGAACCGAGACUCGCCGUAUCGAUCGGAAUCCGAUGGCUCGCAAGCUCCCAGGCCUCCCGUUGCAUCUGCCCCGAAACCCCCAGGAGCCCGACCACCUCCACCUCCACCAUCUUCAGAAUCACCUCCUGCACCUCCCAUCAACCCUUUGGUCAACAAUCUGCGAAAGCCUCCUCCGAGGCCGGCGUCGCGACCGUCAUCGACUGUCUCAACCCAAUCUGGCAAAUCAGCUCCGGAUGCACCUCCCCCACGCGCACCUCCUCCAUUGCCAGGCGCAGGGAAGCAACUCCCGCCACCUCCUGGGUCCCUAAGGAAGCCAUCUGCUCCGGCACCACCACCGCCGCCGCCACCUCCUUCGACUAGUCCCGCUGCACCUCCUCCGCCUCCGCCCACGGCCAGACCUCCACCCCCAGCGCCGGCAAGAUCCACUCCUCCUCCACCUCCCGCUCCUCCAGCAUCUGCGCCGCCGCCGCCUAGCGGUGCAGGGGCCGCCUCGAUCGCAGUUCAAGCCGCAAGGAAUGCGCUUGGACAUAGCCCGCAAACCCCGUCGGCACCGCCACCGCCGCCGCCUGCAGCAGUCGCUCCCCCUCCUCCUCCAUCUGCUCCUCUCACCGCACCAUCCAGCGAACCAAUCUCGCGCCCAUCUUCGUACGAACCUCAGACUGCUAGCUUGGAUCCGAGCUCUUAUACCCUUAGCAACGGCGGGCCGUCACCGGGACUAAGCCCUCGGAACGCAGGCGUGCAAGGAAUGAUCCCAGUGGAUGACAAUCGAUUCAAGUUCCAAAGCGAAGGAUUGUUGCCCAAACCCCGACCGUUCACGGGAGGCACCCGACGGUAUCGGGCGGGACGGGGCAGCAGUGUGCCCUUGGAUUUAAGCGCUUUGAGUGGAUAA